UGGGUGAACUAACCCAUAUAUUAUAUAAAGUAUCAUUAUGACAUUACAAACAGAAUUUUUUUAUUUACUUAUGUUCUAUUAUAUAAAUAUUGUUAUAUUCUGUUCAAAAACAUACGUUUUUUUUAUUCACAUCUUCAAUAUCCAUUAAUAACUUACUUGAGCACACACCCCCAACCCCCUUGCAGCUGUGACAAACAUGCAGGGGAAAACCAAAAACCACAAACCUUGCUUGUCAGCUUAAGUCUAGACAUCAAGAAUGGAGUGAUUAAGAUAUCUGUGAUAUCUGUAGUUUCUACUAAGAAAUACUUUUAAGAGGCACUAUUAAAAUACAUUCAGACUAUAAAGCACAGAAAUACCAGAUGGCUGUGAUCUUGCAGUUUUUUUUAUCAUGACUGGAAUCUAAAAAAAAACAACAGAGAGGUUGUUUGGCAAUGCGACUCUCGCUGUUAAACUGAAUUGUCAAAUGCGCAACAGCGUGAAUCAUGAAACACCCAGCAGUCCAGCCUCCUCAAGAGAAUGUGCUAAAAUAGCGGUUACUGAACGAGUUGCAAAUGAAACAAACACAUUACCUUACUUCCUCAUCUGAUCUGACAUCUCCGUUGUUCUGAGAGGACCAUGACGAUGAACACCACAGUUGCCAACAUCACCAACCCUGCAGUGCCUACUUCAUCACUCCACUCACCCCACCUCACCGAGCCCUUCAGAAUCACCCUUAUCGUCAUCUACACUUUCGUGCUUCUGGUGGGCAUCACAGGCUUGACCCUCAUGAUCAGCUUGUUAAAAACCAACAUUCGCUCGUUAACCACCAUCGCCUUCCUGAACCUGAUGGUCGCACAUUUUCUUUUCCUGCUCACCGUGCCAUUCAGAAUCUACUACUACGCGACCCAAACAUGGAAUCUGAGUUCGGGGAUGUGUAAAGUGGUCAGCGCCAUGGUGCAUAUCCACGUAUACAUGGUGUUUACCAUAUACGCCAUCAUUCUUACCCUUCGUUUCCUGCAUUAUUACAAGAAAAUGCAAUGGACUGAGUUCUACAGGCGGCUGCACGCACUGGGCGCGAGCGCUCUAGUGUGGAUCCUCCUGUUGCCCAUCAUGGUUCCCCUCGUGCUGAAUCAAUACGGGAAUUCAGAUGACGACGCAAAGGAAAACCAGUGCUUUAAAUUUGGUAAAAUGAUAGAGAACCCGGCCGUCUACGCCCUGAACAUGAUUCUGUCCAUCUUUAUUAUCAGUGUGUCGUGUGUUCAGACCGGCAUCCAGGCGAUCAUCCUGCACGCGAUGAUACGCAAGUACGGACAAGCCAGUCGAUCCCAGCAGGAGUUUUGGGUCCAAAUAAAAAACCUUAUCUUUGUACUUAUCAUGCUCACCUGCCUGGUACCGUACCACCUUUUUCGGCUGAAAUACCUGAACGACACUGUAAAGCUUAGUCCGGCAAAUGAGGUGUUUCUGGCCAUCACGGGACUUACGUGUUUCGACAUGCUGACGUUCACCGGGAGGGGCGUGUGUCAGGUGUGCUGGACCUAAAGCAGCUAUUCUCCACAUCAUUGACCAUCAAUCAGGGUCUGCAGAUGGGAAAACGGGAACUGUUUUUACAGGGAACAAGUGUAAUACUUAUAAUACGGUGACAGAAAUGGUAAAUGAGCAACCUAGCUGACAAAAAUAGCCUAUGGGCUAUUAUACGUCUGGCUAACGUUCCCAUUAACCUGAAAACGUUAUUUAUGAAUGUUCUCUUAAUGUUUUUAAAAUGGUUUAAAGUA